CAGAGGGCCUUCUGGACUAGUGUGCUGCAAAGUGCCCGUUGUCCACCCAGCCUUCCCAGCACACCCAGGGUGACUGCUCAGCAUGGCACAGGCCUCCGGGAUGGACCCACUUGUGGACAUCGAGGAUGAGAGACCCAAGUGGGACAACAAACUACAGUACCUCCUGAGCUGCAUCGGGUUUGCUGUGGGGCUGGGGAACAUAUGGAGGUUCCCCUACCUGUGCCAGACCCAUGGGGGAGGGGCCUUCCUCAUCCCCUAUUUUAUUGCCUUGGUCUUUGAGGGGAUCCCACUUUUCUACAUCGAGCUUGCCAUUGGCCAGCGCUUACGGAGGGGAAGCAUUGGAGUGUGGAAGACCAUCUCCCCCUACCUCGGUGGAGUAGGCCUGGGCUGCUUCUCAGUGUCCUUCCUGGUCAGCCUAUACUACAACACCGUUCUCCUGUGGGUCCUAUGGUUCUUCCUCAACUCCUUCCAAGACCCGCUGCCCUGGAGCACAUGCCCACUGGAUCUCAACAGAACAGGAUUUGUGCAGGAAUGCCAGAGCAGUGGCACCGUGAGCUACUUCUGGUACCGGCAGACUCUGAAUAUCACAUCUGACAUCAGCAACACAGGCACUAUCCAAUGGAAGCUGUUCCUCUGCCUGGUGGCCUGCUGGACAACUGUGUACCUGUGUGUCAUCAGAGGCAUUGAGAGCACAGGGAAGGUGAUCUACUUUACAGCCCUGUUUCCUUACCUGGUGCUAACCAUCUUCCUCAUCAGAGGUCUGACUUUGCCUGGAGCAACAGAGGGCCUGACCUACCUGUUUACUCCCAAUAUGAAGAUUCUUCAGAAUCCACGGGUGUGGCUGGAUGCAGCCACCCAGAUUUUCUUCUCCCUGUCCCUGGCCUUUGGAGGGCAUAUUGCUUUUGCAAGCUACAACCCACCCAGGAACAAUUGUGAGAAGGACGCCGUGAUUAUUGCCCUGGUCAACAGCAUGACCUCCCUGUAUGCAUCCAUCACCAUCUUCUCCAUCAUGGGGUUCAAGGCAUCCAAUGACUAUGGGAGGUGCCUGGACAGAAAUAUCUUGAGCCUGAUCAAUGAGUUCGACUUUCCAGAGUUUAGCAUCUCCAGGGAUGAGUACCAAUCUGUCCUCAUGUACCUUAAUGCCACUCAGGCUGAGAGGGUGGCCCGACUUCCCCUGAAGACCUGCCAUCUGGAAGAUUUUCUGGAUAAGAGUGCCUCGGGCCCAGGCCUGGCCUUCAUCGUUUUCACAGAAGCCGUCCUGCACAUGCCAGGCGCUCCUGUGUGGUCUGUGCUCUUCUUUGGGAUGUUAUUCACCCUGGGUCUGUCCUCCAUGUUUGGGAACAUGGAGGGUGUCAUCACACCACUAUUGGACAUGGGAAUCUUACCCAAAGGUAUACCCAAGGAGGCCAUGACUGCUAUCUGCUUCACACUGCAGUCUGGAAGCUACUGGCUGGAGAUCUUUGACAGUUUUGCAGCUUCUCUGAAUUUGAUCAUCUUUGCCUUCAUGGAGGUGGUGGGCGUCAUUCACGUUUAUGGGAUAAAACGGAACAUUUUCCCUCAAGAGAGGAGAAGCUCUAUCCAGGCUGGGUGCAGGUCAUCUGUGUGAUCCUGUCCUUCCUGCCCUCACUGUGGAUCCCUGGAGUUGCUCUGGCUCAGCUCCUGUCCCAGUACAGACAGAGAUGGAGGGAAACACAUCUGGAAAGUGGUCUGAAGCUACAGGAGAGCAGAGGCUGCUGAGGCGAAGAGCUAGGGCAGAUCAGGGUUGGGAGGAAGACCUGUGCCACUCAGACACAGCCUCAUUACACUCUGUCCACCACUGAGACCACGUGAUUAUUGCUUUCCCAGCUUUCUGUAUGGUGGAAGACUCACAGAUUCAGGGUAUCUGCGUGUUGCCCAGUGGGAGUCUGUGUGAUGCCAUUGCUCCAAAGCUAGAUCUCACAGGGUGCAGACUGUGUGGACAUGGCUUUCUCCUAGAAUCCAUACUGGUUUGGGUAGCCCUGAGUGUACUUUGUUGGCAUAGUGGCAAGACUGUGGGAUCCCUUUUCUCUGAAUGGUCUCCACAUUACUCCACAUUGCUAGUCUCCAAAGGAAAGCUGAGCUUAGGAGGAGGAGGAGCCUGACAGGCAGGAAACUUCCUCCUCCUCCCAUAUCAUCCUAGUGUCACCACAUCUAUAAAGAGAGAGACCCACAGGUGCAGAUACCAGACCAUUAGAGGACCGAGUAUCCCAUGUCCACAAUCAUUGCCGCAGGGGUGAGGUGGUUACAGCCGAGGAGGUGCUGACUGCACCCUGACUCACCAGACAUAUUGUUGUUUUUAUUUUUCAAGCAUGUAAUUUUUGCUUGUCAAGAAGGUACAGAAUGGCUCCUGGACAGUCAGUUUCUACUUUCUCUUGAGAGCGACAACCAGUUAUUCACUCACAUCUGUUCACUCACUGGGACUCUUCACUAGCGGGCCUCUGCAGCCUUGCAGCACAGCCGUGGCUCCAGAAUCACAGCAGGGCUCAGAGAGCCUCUGCCCCCGGCCCACUCCUGUUCUGUUUUCUGCCCCUUCUAUCAGGACUGUGAAACCAGAGUCAUCUUUGAAACCUGGGGACUUGGGCGAGGAUGUUCACUUCUGGCCAUCUAUACCAACCAGUGGCUUUGUGAUGUCAGUAACUUUCCAGGCACAGCAGACCCUGGUGCUUUUGCGGGGAGAGGGUAGGUGGGGUGAGAAUGACAGUGGUGCUGUCCCACCGCACUGACAUUUUAAGCAAGAAAGGUUUAUGUGUGUGCAAAUGUGGCUCUUACUCGAAGCCAUCCUUGUCAAGGCUAGCCCAGAAUCCAAAGCAAACAUGAAAGUUUACUU